AUGAGUUUCGACAAACAGUCAGAUCAAGCGAGUGCAAUCGUGGUUGGGAUCUCAGGUCCCUCGUCUAGCGGGAAGACCACACUCGCGCGUCUACUGCAGCGGAUCUUCUGCGGGGUUGAUCUGCAAAGCUCGGACUCGAAGUUGAAUACCUUUAUUAUUCAUGAAGAUGAUUUCUACUACCCGGAUGACCAAAUCCCCUAUGUAACCACAAAAUCCGGCGAAAGUAUCCAGGAUUGGGAUACCGCCGCUGCAAUCGAUACGAAUUUCCUCGCACAGUCACUAUCCUACGUCCGUGAGAAUGGCCGGUUACCACCGCGACUACAAAGCAAAGAAGAUCAAAAUGAACAAUCGGAAUCCGGGGUUGAGGAUGCACUCGUGUUGGAAAUGAGAGAUCUGGUCUCGAGACAACUCGCAUCCGGAAAUUCGAGGAUUAAGACGAUUGCAUUCAUGGAAGGAUUUCUUUUAUACAGUGAUCUAGAUGAGAAAUCUCCGCUUCGUCCUGUUCAUGAUGCCAUCCACCUGCCUUUAUUCUUACCGGCUUCUUAUACGAAUGUGAAGACGAGACGUGAGGCGCGGAGUGGAUAUGUUACUAUUGGGGCGCAGCCGACACAGGAGGAGAUAGCUGCUGCGAAGGAAGAGAAGGAUGAAAAGAGUGAGCAAGAAGGAGAGGAGCCGAAGAUCAUAGACCUUGAGGCGGAGGAUGAUCGGCCACCGCAGAAUUUCUGGGUUGAUCCGCCCGGAUAUGUGGAUGAUAUUGUUUGGCCGAGAUAUGUGGAGGAUCAUGCUUGGUUGCUCAUCCCCGAUGAGACUGUGGAAGGAGAUCUUAUUGCUCGAGUGGGAGAGGGUAUUGAUGUGAGGAGUGAUGCGGGGGUCAUCGUGGCUCCUGGAAAGGGGCUUGUGGGGAUGGAUGUUAUAUUGAAAUGGGCUGUUGAGGAAAUUUUGACAUUUUACAGAUCAGCUUGA